CAGCAAAUUCCACUUUUCAAAUCAUGGAGGCAGAACAGAUUAUGGAGGGACAGCCGCAGGUUCCAGAAAAUCCCCAUUCUGAAUACGGCCUCACUGAAAAUGUGGAGAGGAUAGUAGAAAAUGAGAAAAUAAAUGCAGAGAAAACAUCAAAGCAGAAGGUGGAUCUUCAGUCGUUACCCACACGUGCCUACUUGGAUCAGACAGUCGUACCUAUCUUGCUACAGGGACUUGCUGUUCUUGCAAAAGAGAGACCGCCAAAUCCCAUUGAAUUUCUAGCAGCAUAUCUUUUAAAAAACAAGUCACAAUUUGAGGACCGAAAUUAACUCCAUAAAAAUGAGGACAAUUUGGCUGCUAGACUGAAAUGCUCAUUUGCCGCAAUUCAUUUUCUGCUGUAAAAAUCCUUUGGAACCAUGAUGUUGUCUUUCGUAAUCGCACAAUUUGCUUUACCUUUUGAGUUAUUUAAUAAAGAACACUUUACUUUUAAUUUGUUCACUUGUUUUAAAAUAGCUAUUAAGAGACUUUCAAAAUAAAGUACGGAAACUGCA